AUGAAAAUCUUUGGUCUCUUUCUUAGCUUUACUCUCUUCUUCCUCUCUCCGUUUGCAUCUCAAGCUAAUAAUCGAGGUUCGAAGUUCACCCGCCCACCCCCUCGACCAGACUUCAUCGUCUCUAACGACCGUCCAAAAUCCCAUCCUCAACAGGUGCACGUAUCAUUGGCUGGUAAGGAUCACAUGAGAGUAACAUACACAACGGACGACAUGAACGUGGCAUCGAUGGUGGAGUAUGGUAAACACCCAAAAGUGUACGACAGAAAAACCGCCGGAGAAUUCACUUCUUAUAGACACUUCUUCUACAGCUCCGGCAAGAUCCACCAUGUCAAGAUUGGUCCUCUUCAACCAAACACCAUUUAUUAUUACCGUUGCGGCGGCCAUGGUGAGGAAUUUUCUUUCAAAACCCCUCCGUCCACUUUUCCGAUCGAGUUCGCCGUCGCUGGUGACCUAGGGCAAAGUGAUUGGACGGUGAGAACAUUAGCUCAGAUUAAUAAACGGAAUUUCGAUGUCUUCCUACUUCCCGGUGACCUCUCCUACGCGGAUUCCCACCAGCCACUUUGGGACUCUUUUGGACGCCUCAUGGAAACCCUGGCUAGUACACGACCGUGGAUGGUCACUGAGGGAAACCACGAGAUCGAGUCUUACCCAAUCGUUGAGGAACACAUAAGCUUUAAAGCAUACAAUGCUCGAUGGCUCAUGCCUCAUGUCGAAAGCCUCUCUCACUCCAACCUUUACUACUCCUUUGACACAGCCGGUGUUCACACGGUUAUGCUUGGCUCUUACACCCAUUUUGACUCUCGAUCUGAUCAGUACCGGUGGCUCCAAGCCGAUUUAAAAAAGGUUGAUCGUAAAACGACGCCGUGGUUGGUGGUGGUGAUGCACACGCCGUGGUAUAGCACGAACAAGGCGCAUGAAGGUGAAGGAGAGAGUAUGAGAAAGGCCAUGGAGCGUUUGUUCUUUCUUUCCCAUGUCGACAUCGUUUUUGCCGGCCACAUUCAUACCUACGAACGUUUUAGGCCGGUAUACAAGAACAAGGCCAACCAAUGUGGACCAAUGUACAUAACCAUCGGCGACGGUGGCAAUCGAGAAGGCCUUGCUUAUUCGUUCUAUAAGCCUCGUUCACGGUUGUCAGCAUUCCGAGAAUCGAGUUUCGGACAUGGGAGAUUGAGGAUUAUAAACGAGAAACGAGCACAUUGGUCGUGGCAUAGAAAUCAAGAUAACUUUUCCGUUAUUGCGGAUCAAGUAUGGUUCGAUAGCCCUAGGACAUUAUCACAUUGUAUUAGAAAUCGUUCUAGAAAUGAGCUCUAA